UAACGUGGCCGUGUUUCUGCCACAUGGCUGCGCGUGAGCAUUGAAACGGUUUGUCAUGAAUGUGAAGAAACACCUGAGAGUGACAGUUUGGCGGUGAUUUACGGUUCCUCCUCAGUCCUGCAGGUGAUGACGUCACAGGUUAAUCAGUGCCUGUUUGCGACAAACGACGGCUGCGCCUACAGUAGAAAACUUUUCCAAUGGAAAACUUCUGCAUGUCAGCCAGAUUCGAGCUUUAGAUUGCAGCUGGUCCACAUUCCUCUGUCAGUCACCAGGAGCCGCUUCCUGUUAUUAUGUUAGCGGAGGCAGGAAUGCAGACGCCGUUAUGUGCUCAGCAGGGAGUUGCAUACCUGUCCGCACAGGUGUGGAGGAUUUGCGAGGAUGAAACACCCUUUCAUGUGCCUGUCAUUCCAGUUCAGGGAAAAUACGAGACUGCGUGGCCAUGGAAACCUCUUGUUGAAACUUCUGAAUGGAAAAAGACUGGUUACAGUACGGUCUUUGUAGAGGCGCACUUUGACCAGUUUGACCAGCUUUGACCAGUCCCCCAGAUGGAUGGAUGGAUGGAUGUACACUGACAUCCGGUCUGAAUCUUUUCACUCUGUGUUCGAGCUUCUGAAUACUUAACAAAAGCCUGAAGUCAGUCGAAACUCAGCCUGGCAAAAAUGAGCUGCAGUACCGUCUUUGACCACAGUAUAGGAGUCAAAGGGGCGCUGUUUCGACAUUACAGGAGAAUCCUCUUUGCAUGGUCCUCCUCAGACGGUCCUGGCCUUCGCAGGAAGUGAUGUCAUUCUUCCCUGCAGUUUCAACAUCACUGACAGCGACGAGUUUCCAACGGUGGAGUGGUCCAGGUCAGACCUGCAGCCAGACGUCAUCUUCCUGUACCGGGGUGGCUGUGAGACGUUGGAGAUGAAAAAUCCGGCCUAUCAGUACAGGACAAGCUUCGUCGCCAAAGAACUGAAAAACCGAAACAUAUCGCUGAGGAUCUCCAACGUGCAGCUGUCUGACACGGGGACGUACCGGUGCAUGAGGCUCUGGAAGGACGCCCCUCGGGACAUUACAACAGUGGAACUUGUUGUGGGUGCGGUUUCUGAGCCGCAGCUCUCGGUGGUUUCGGCUGGGAGUGCAGGAGUGACCGUUGAGUGUGAGGCCACCUGCUGGCUGCCCAAGCCUGACGUCAGGUUUCUGGAUGAGCGGGGAAACGACGUCCCCUCUGAUGGCCCCAAAACAAGUGAAGAAGCCAGGGGAUGUUUUACUGUGAGAAGUCGAGUGACCCUCCAGGAUGCCACCAGCAGGGUCACGUGCAGAGUUCAUCAGUCGGAGACAAACCAGACGAGGGACAAGUCGGUGAUCGUACCAGUUGACUUCAGGAGCUACUGUUUCUCUGUCGCUGCCUUCACUGCUGGAGGGACCAUUUUACUUGGCUUGCUCUUGUCUGGAUUAGCCACGUUGUUAUGGAAGCUAAGUGGCAAACGUGCAGAGGUUCACAGAUUUCGGAUGGUGAGGCGGCCGUCGGAUCAAACCACACUGAGUGGUACUGAAAGUCAUUCCCUCCUGCAGAGUGUGGUGGUUGACAGCCCUGACAACAGUGUGAACAGCACCGAUGAGAGGCUGCAAGAGCUCGAUGUGAAACUCCAAGAGAAAGAUGAGAUCAUCCGCCGACUACAGAACCUCAACAAAUCCCAUCUGUGUCCUGCUUGCCGGCCUGUGGAGCCAAAGAUAUCCUGCAGGGCUGCAGCCUCCACCAGCAACUUACACCAGAAUAAGGAUCCAAAACCUGGCGUCUUGAGAUGGAAUCGAUCACAUGGCCACCUGGUCAGAAGAAACAACAGUAGCCCUGCCAUUUUGUCUUUGGCCAACGCGCCAAAGAAAAAUUCCAGCCAAAUUGUUCAUUCACUGAGUUUUUCUCCUGGUUUGCCUGGUCCAAAAGUUCCCAAGCUUCAGCGUCGACAUUCCUUCAGGAUCCCGUCGUCAGCCAGGUCCGGCGACCCCUUCACGCCCCUGUCCGAUGUAGCUGAGGAAUCAGAGCUGUUAAUCCAGUGACAAAGAGCACAGAUCAGCACACAACAGUAAAACGUUUGGUGUUGCAUUUCUUCAAACCUUAGCUAAUAAUUUUCUGCAAGGCCGGAUAACCCCGUUUUUUUUUAAUCCCUUAUUAAUUUAAUUAAAGAACUUUACUGCUGCUAGUUGGUGGACUUUGUUUCCUUCGGACGGAGCUAAGUUAGCUAUUUGCUCUGCCCAUUUCCAGUCUUUAAGCUAAGCUCACUGCCUUAUUUUCCACACAGAUAUGAGAGGUUUAAAACUUCUGGUCUUCUUCUUUUCCUCAGAUGUCUUCUUAUCUUCUCCUUUGAACACAAAAACUGUUAGUUAGCAAGAGCCCACUGAUAGCCAGUUAGCUCAGCCCCACAGGGUGCUGCUUUCCUGCGUUUUGUUGUGACUCAGCAGAAUUGAGAGUCCGUAAGACAUAAGUUGGUGCAGGUUCUGCUGUCUAACGUUAUGCUACAUGCUAUAAUACUUUAAUGCGAAGCCUGGUUUUGAUCUGCUCGGCUUGUCCUGUUAAAGUUACUGCAGGGCACUGUUAAUACAACCUGUGCACGUUUCAGACUGAAACUCCAACCGAAAUGCUUCACUUUGCCUCUACAGUGUGAUGUCAGCAUUUCUUAAUGCCGAGAACUCACUGACAUGCAAAAUUCCCACUCCCAAGUUGAAAUGUAGCUGCUGCCAUGUUUUGUGAAGCCACACCAGGCUAAAGUCUUUUAUUUAUUAUUGUGAUGUUAAACUUGAAUGGUUGUUGUGAGAAAUGAAAGCACAGUGCGUCACAGCUGUCCCGAUGGACUCGAUGAGACAAAUGCGACACCCAGUGGUAAACUUUGGUACACCCUCAUAACAAACUGGGUCGAAAACUUUUACACUGCCCCAAGCCCUAAAUUAAAUUAAAUUCUUAAAACUUCAAACCUGCAUGUUGUUUUAAUGUCUGAAUGGAGCGUAUGUUGAAAUGAAAACAACAAUGCAGGUUGUUACCAGUUUGUGGAAAAAAAAUCCUAAUUUUCAUCCCCAGUUUUGGUUGUGCUCACUUUUUCUGCUUUUUUUAUGCAUUAAACACACACUCACUUUAUUUAUGGUUUAGGAUUUUAUUUCUGGGGUUGUAAAUAGGGGUUCCUGUAUUUAAAAUUGUUUUUCAUUUAAUUGUGUAAAUUAUGUAAAUAGUACAUUUGUUUUUCAUUUUUUAAUUUUUCUUAUAAAUAAAGCACUUUCUCGGAUUCA